AUGCUACUGUCUGGGCAUGCAUGGUGCACGACGUUUGUUUUCCAAGUCCUGCCAGCAACCAGCUUGAUUACAUCUGCAAGUGUUGCCUGGGCUAUGUUUCUGGAUGGCCCGCAUACCACGGGUAUGUCAUCGCAGGGUGUCCUCCUGCUGCUGCCCGUCCUCCCCUUUCACCUCCCGCUCUCCCUUGGCUGCCGGUGCUCCUCCUCUUGGCUCGACUGGCACAACUCCGAUCUGUCGGGAGCACCCCAGCGCGGGCAGACAACGAGCGAGGCUGGGCUAUUGGCCGGCCUCGCCUCGAAGCUGCGCAUGGAAAGAGCACGCGCUUGCGGCGCGUGCCAGUGGGGACUGGGCACCGACAGGCGCAGCCGUGUCGGCCUCAUCGUCCCGUGGGCAUCUUGCGCCGAGACGGUCUUGGAGGAGGACGAGGUGGAGCAGCAGCAUGUUUCCCCGCGAGCGUCCCACCUUCCACGAUGGAGCAGCGGUCACACCCAUUUCAGGAGUUCCGCCGCAACAUGGGAGCCAGGAGCCAGGACUUGA